AUAAACACAGACAGCCGAUAACCUAAGUAGAGGAAAGAAAACAAACAAGUGUCCGUCAAACUGUCAAACGUUAGGCAAAAAAAAAAAAAAAAAGAAAAAAAGAAAAUAGACCACUAAAUUCUUUUUUUUUAGAUAUUUGUGAAAUCCAAUCAUUCUUUCGUCGACUACCCAUUUUUCACAAUCUAUUUUAGAGCGAGAGAGCUUCACUACUACUUGGUGGUGCAGUGGUUAGAGUGAGAAACAAGAGAGAGAAAAAAAAUAAAAACUCAAUCUUUAAAAUAAAAAUGGGAGCUUUGGAUCACCUUUCGAACAUGUUUGAUUGCUCCAGCGGCCAUUCUAAGCUCAAGAAACGCAAACAGCUCCAGACGGUGGAUAUAAAGAUCAAAAUCGAUUGCGAAGGUUGCGAGAGAAAAGUGCGAAGAUCGGUAGAAGGAAUGAAAGGGGUGACGUCAGUUGAGAUCACGCCGAAGCAGCACAAGCUGACGGUGAUCGGUUACGUGGACCCCGAUAAGGUGGUGGCCCGCGUGGCGCACCGCACCGGUAAGAAGGCCGAGAUCUGGCCCUACGUGCCGUACGAUGUUGUCGAGCACCCAUACGCUCAAGGUACAUACGACAAAAAAGCCCCCGCGGGUUAUGUCCGAAAUUCGUACGAUCCGCAUGUCUCGCAUCUUGCUAGGGCGAGCUCGACCGAAGUUCGGUACACUACGGCUUUUAGUGACGAAAAUCCGACAGCGUGCGUUGUCAUGUGAUGAUUUGAUUAGUAAAGAGGCAUAUCCUAGGUUGUUUUGUUUUGUUGAAUUUACUAUGUUAUGAUUUGUGGGAUGUGUGUAUGCAAUAGUUUGAAGUGUGAUUCUGUGUUUUUUCGAUAUGAUUAUGUAAUGAAAGAUUUUGUGAUGUUAUAAAAAGAACUAUGGGUUUUGUAUAAUGUUCAUACUUUCUUCUUUUAGAAAUCAAGAUUUGCUGAUUAUGUAAUGAAA